GCAUGCUCCGCAAGGUGGGCUGUCACGCUCAACGUUGGUGACGUGGAGACGCAGAGCUGACCGUCAAUACGCGUUUAACUUACGUCCAAACUCACUUUAGUGAACAAUUACCGUAAUUAUAUACUCUUUACUGACUAUAAUUCAUCUGUAAACACACAGUCGCUUGUCUGAGGAAACAACAGCGGUGUUUUACAGAGCUGUCACAUCUAACAUUCACCCGGGUUUCUUUUGGCUGGAGAUGAGGCUGUGAAGGGAUCUCUUGUGGUUUCUGGGGGUGAUGGGUGCCAACACCAGCCAGGUGAGCGACCUGUCAGAGAACCAAAGCAUCCGUACUCUGAUUGGUCCGGAUGCCAUCUCGGAGAAUGAGCCUUUCUGGAAUCAACUGAUCUCUUUCACCUUCAGCAGCCCUACCAUCAGUGCUGAAGCUAAACUCCUGGAGGAAGCUGUUGUUCCUCUGGCUAAAACUCUAAUUCAGAACAACCCCAGGUCGGGGAACUUCGGGUCGUUGGUGAGAGUUUUUCUCAGCAGAACCAAAGAGUUGAAGAUUUCCACAGAGUGUCAAGAUCAGUUGUUUAUCUGGCAGGCCCAUAAUGCUUUGUUUCUGGUUCGCUGCCUGCUAAAAGUCUUCAUCAGAGAGAUAAAUGAGGAAGAGCUGCAUUUACAGUUUACUUACCAGGAGAGGGCGCCAGGCACCUACGACUCGAGUUGUGAGGAUCUUCUAGAAGAGUUGGUUUGUAAUUUGGUGCAUCUCAUCGUUGAAGUGCCACUGCUGGACAUCACUUACAACAUCUUGUUUGAGGCAGUGACCACCCUCCUCAUUCUCUUAUCCUAUCAGCUCUUCCACAAGGAGAUUCUGAGGGAGGGGCUUAUUUACCGCUACCUGACCCGAGGACGAUGUCUGUCUCUGACAAGUCGUCUGGUGAAGACGCUGCUGUAUAACUUCAUCAGACAAGAGAAAUAUCCACCUUCUACACAUGUGUUUCAACCACAGUCGGAUGGAGGAGGACUUCUGUAUGGACUCGCUUCUGGAGUCGCCAGUGGAUUAUGGAGCGUGUUUACAUUGGGCGGGGUUGGCAGCAAGACGGGGACGGAGCAGGAUCGAAAUCUUCUUCCACUGUCCAAUCAGAGUCUGUUAUUACUGUUGGUUCUGGCCAAUCUGACUGAUGGACCAGACUGUCCGAACCCAUACCGCCAGUCCAUUACCUGCUUCAAAAACACACAAGAUUCGUCAUCUUUCCCGUCCCCGCAGCCUCACUCGUUUCAGAUCAACUUUAACAGUUUGUAUACGGCUCUGUGUGAACAGCAGAAAUCAGAUCAGGCGACGUUACUGCUAUACACGUUACUGCACCAAAACAGCAACAUGAGGACCUACAUACUGUCCCGAACAGACAUGGAGAACCUGGUGUUGCCAAUUCUAGACAUCUUGUAUCAUGUAGAGGAAAGAAACUCUCAUCAUGUCUACAUGGCCCUCAUCAUCCUCCUCAUCCUCACAGAGGACGAUGCCUUCAAUCGCUCCAUACAUGAAGUGAUUUUGAAGAACAUCUCGUGGUACACCGAGCGGGUCCUAACAGAGAUUUCUCUUGGCAGUUUGUUGAUCCUGGUUGUGAUUCGAACCAUCCAGUUUAACAUGACACGAACAAGGGAUAAAUACCUCCACACAAACUGCCUGGCCGCCCUGGCCAACAUGUCGGCCCAGUUUCGCAACCUCCACCAGUACGCUGCACAGCGAAUUAUAAGCUUGUUUGCACUGCUGUCAAAGAAGCACAAUAAAGUUUUGGAGCAGGCGACUCAGUCCUUGCCUAUGGGAGCGGAUGAUGGGACGAUUCUGCCCGAUUAUGCUCAGGAUCUGAAUGUCAUUGAGGAGGUGAUCAGAAUGAUGCUGGAGAUCAUAAACUCCUGCUUGAGUAACUCGCUUCAUCACAACCCUAACCUGCUGUACGCUCUGCUGUAUAAACGUGAACUUUUCGAGCAGUUCCGAUCUCACCCCUCCUUCCAGGAUAUCAUGCAGAACCUCGACACGGUGAUUGGUUUCUUCAGUCAGCGUCUGGAACAGGCAGGAAGUGAUCUGUCAGUGGAGAGAGUUCAAGAGGUCAUCAAGAAGGGCGCUGCGGCUCUACCCAAAGAUCGACUGAAGAAGUUUCCAGAGCUGAAGUUUAAAUACGUGGAGGAAGAGCAGCCUGAAGAUUUCUUCAUUCCAUACGUCUGGUCGCUGGUCUAUAACUCCGGCGUCGGUCUCUUCUGGAACUCUCAGGGCAUCGAGCUGUUCAGCAUGGACUCACCUUAAACCGAGCGUGUGAUGUUGUGUGUACAGAUGUGUGUGUGUGUGUGUGUGUGUGUGUUGGGCUUUUUUUUGGACUGCCUACAGCUUUUAGUGCAAGUCGGACGUUGAAGUGCCUCUAUGGUGAGCGUUAAGGAAUGGUUUUCAUAUAUUUUGCGUGUUCAUGUGGGACUCCUGGGCUUCCAUCCGUGUCUUUAUGAUAUAAGGUUUACUCAUCUCUGCGCAGCUAGCAUGGGCUCGCUCUGGCUGCACUGACGUUUGGGAAUGAUACAAAUACUUUUACAAAUUAUUACUUUGUAGUGAUAAUCAGAAUAAUUUAGUUUGUUUACUUGAGAGGGGUCAUCAGGGAAAAAAUAAACCAAAGCUUUUUCUCAGUUAUUUGUUUGCUAAUGCUGGGAUUACAAGUAGACUUUGUUUUUUCCUCCCUAAACCCCAUUAUGAUUAUAAUAAUUGAUAUUAUGCACAGAUUAAACACGUAACGUAUGUUUUGUUGGUUGUUUUAUAGGACGCUUUGCUCUUUUAAAUUAAUUUAUUUAUUUGCUCAAAUAUUACUCUUAUGUAAUCUUCACAUGACCGUCUGCACAAAGAUAAACCAAACCUUUUUCUAUAUUGAUUUCGAUGCUCAUUGUUUGCUGUUUAUCCUCCCAAUAGGGAAAAUAUACAAAUGAUUAAAACAUAUUUAGGUACUUGUAUAAUAAAAUAGCAACAUUUACUUGUAAAUGCAGCCUGGUGUCUGAUUUAUGUGUAUAUAGGUUAUAUAUAAAUUUGGUAAACUAAACUGCAUGUAGAUGAUAUAUAAACUGCAUUCAUUUGUUUUUGUAAUAGAAAUCAUUUUUUUUGUAUUCGUUGGGUUUGUUUUAUUUUUAGGUCAGAUGAUAUCUUUCAGAUGCGUACAGUAUAUAAUGAAUUGAGUUUAUGAAUUGAGAAAUCGUCCUUGUUACUUCAUUUUUUAUCAUUGUUACACAGCACAAACCAACCACCCAGAGAUGUUGUUGCUCUUUGUUUAUCUUUCAUUUUCGGGAAAUAACAUUAAUUUAAUUCAUUGUUUAAAUUGGUCAGAAUGGAUGAUGAUUCAGAGUCAAGUUUAAGAUGCAUUUUUUCACACUUCAGUUAAGAAUGUUGACUCUAAAAAGCAGCUUGUUUUGCUUUCUGGGCAUCAUUUUAGUUUGUUUCAGACUCAGUUUCUAUAAUGUUAAUUACAACCAAUAAAAAACAAACUUUACAAUCAUAA